UUCUUCAUUGCAAAACUCACAAACCCAUCACAAACAAUCUCCAAAAUCAUAUCAUCAAUAUACCAUCUUACUACUUCAUAUUCAUAUUUCACCUCCAAAUAUUUCACUUGCUUGCAACUGCAAAGACUAAUCAGAUCAGUAACCACUUGAGUCAAGUACUUAAUUAGUUUCAUUCAUUUACAAGAAAAAAUGGAUCAUGACGAGAUCGAGAUCGAUGUUCCUUCAUUCUUUGUUUGUCCUAUAUCAUUAGAAAUCAUGAAGGAUCCGGUAACCGUUUCAACCGGUAUAACUUACGACAGAGAAAGUAUCGAAAAAUGGUUGAUUUCAAAGAAAAACAAAACAUGUCCUGUUACAAAACAAGAGUUAUCAGAUUACACUGAUCUUACACCAAAUCAUACACUUAGAAGAUUGAUCCAAGCAUGGUGCACAUUAAAUGCUUCACAAGGAGUUGAAAGAAUUCCAACACCAAAACCACCAACCAACAAAACCCAAAUCACAAAACUAAUCAAAGAAGCUUCUCAUUCAUCUCUCACCAUUCAGAUUAAUUGUCUUAAAAGACUUAAAUCCAUUGCUUCUGGAAGUGAAACAAAUAAACGUAUCAUGGAAGAUGCAGGUGUUGUUGAGUUUUUAGCUUCUGUUGUAAUAAACAAUGAUCCUGCAUCAUUAUUGUCUGAGAUUAAUGUUAAUCCUGUUGAUGAAGCAUUAAGUAUACUUCAUAAUCUUCAUGUUUCCGAGACUGGAUUGAAGAAUCUUCUGGCUUUUAGAAACGGCGAAUUUAUUGAGUCAUUAACAAAAGUUAUGCAGAAAGGUUUCUUUGAAUCAAGAGCUUAUGCAGUUUUUUUGUUAAAAUCUAUGUCACAAGUAGCAGAAGCAGUGCAGUUACUACAUCAAAAAACCGAACUGUUUGUUGAACUGGUUCAAGUUUUGAAGGAUCAAAUAUCUCAAAAGGUAUCAAAAGCAGCACUUCAGACAUUGAUUGAACUUUGUCCAUGGGGAAGAAACAGAAUCAGAGGUGUUGAAGCAGGAACAGUUCCUGUUUUGAUAGAACUUUUAUUAGAAAAUUUCAAAGACAGAAAACCAAAUGAAAUGAUGUUGGUUUUGUUGGAGAAUCUUUGUCAAUGUGCUGAAGGAAGAGCUGAACUUUUGAAACAUGCAGCUGGUCUAGCUGUUGUUUCUAAGAAGAUUCUAAGGGUUUCGACGCUCGCGAAUGAUAGAGCUGUGAGGAUUCUGUUGUCUGUUUCUAAAUUCUCUGCAACUCCUAAUGUUGUUCAAGAAAUGCUUAAACUUGGUGUUGUUGCUAAACUUUGUUUGGUUCUUCAAGUUGAUUGUGGAAGUAAGACAAAAGAGAAAGCUAGGGAGAUACUUAAGAUGCAUGCUAGGGCUUGGAGGAAUUCUCCAUGCAUACCUAGUAAUUUACUUUCUUCAUACCCCAAUUAUGUAUGAAAUUAGUUUAGUAUAAUUAAUUUUCCUCUAGACCAGAUGAAUUAAAUUUUGAUUUUAAA